AUGGAUAGCAUACCAGGCUCUCCUGAUGGGCGCUGGGACACCGAAGGUGAGUCCAGUGCCCCGAAAACCUAUGAACUGAUGAUAGUCGCGUUUCUCAUCGCUAUCAUUUGGGUCUACAGCUGUCAUGUCUUCGUGAAAAGUUUGGGCGGCUGGUCUCAUUUACGGAUGCGGUGCCGUGGCCUGGCCAAAAGGUGUCUCCACCCUGGUUGUGGCAUCACGUCGCUUUGGGGUGAGCAAAACAAAAGGCGCGCCAAGCUCCAGGAGAAGCAGAUCCAAAGAGUGCGGGCAGGCAUUCUGUUUAGUUGCUUUGCUUUGGGCGCAGUGAUGGUCGCCUACUUUCUUGCUGCGAUCUUGCCAGCGGAUCCUGUGAUCAGCUUCAACCUCCAGCAUCAUCUGGGAAUCGCUGCUAUUUGGUUGGGUUUUGUGCUCAUAUACCUCCUUGGUGAGGAUCCUUGCUGCCGAUGCCUAAUAAGGAUACCAUACCAUGUGUGCAUGAUGACGCUGGCAGUUCAUGUCAUGCCUUGGAGCACAGUCUCCGAUGACCGAGAUGUUAUUCAGUUCCUGGCGUGCUUGUUCCGUUUCGCAUUCUUGCCCUUGGCCAUUGACAUUUUCUCCGUCACUUUCUGGAGUGCCAUGAUCUCCAGCUUUGUGUGGUACAAGCACCCGGUGCAAGGGCCCCUUGACGCUGUCUACACAGCCGUGACGAUUGCAGCAUUCUGGUGGUUGCGUCGGGCUACGGAAGCAGAAGCCACUCUGCAGAUGGAGAUGGCUGACCUGAGAUCAAUGCGUAGUGCAUGCCACACAGUUCUGUCUUCAGUGUGCGAUGCAGUCGUGGAACUUGACGAAUCCAUGAACAUCCUAGAGGAUGUGCAUCGGUUGGGUGCAUGGCUGGUGCAUGGGAGGCUGGAUCAGCUUCGGGGUCAGGAAAUUCAGCAGUUUCUGCAUAGUGAGGUUGACCGAGACACUUUUGUGAGAGAAGUGUCCAGGGAAAACCAUGCCAACAUCGCGGCAGCCUUCCAUGUGAAGAUGCGAGAUGGAUCAGGGACGGCCAUUCCUGCAGAAUGUUUUCAUGCAAAGUUCGAAUGGGGCAGUGAAGAGAAGCACCUGAUCGCGUUCCGUGAGUUCUCCGACUCGCAAGCGCUCGCUGUCCCCAUCCCUUCGAAAGCCGAGCAACCGGAUGGCUUUGAAGUCAGCGAGGAGGUCAAAAAGAUGCAGAUGUCAGGAGGGGUGGCAGUGAUUGAGUUCAACGCUCUGACCUUCGAAACAUUGGGUGCGACCGCUGCCUUUUGUGACAAGUUCCAUGGAGAGAAGCACUUGAACCAGAAAGUUGUUGACUACCUGCCGGACAAAGCCAGGGACCGCUUCCUUCAGGACCUGACGUUGAUCAGCAACGAGUUGUUGAAUUCUGAUUCCUCGUUGGCAGAGGCGGAGCUGAGGCUUCCUUUGGUGGUCAAAGGGCAGGUGUGUAAGUGCUCUUGCCGCAUGACCAUCUACAAGUGCCACUUUGACGGGCCGCGGGCCUUGGGCCACUUUGACGGGCCGCGGGCCUUGGAGCAGUUGGCCUUCGUGAAGGGGCACCGGAUGGGCGUCGAAGAGUUGGACCUUGAGGAGGAGCGAGUCGUUGUGAAGCUUUUCGUCAUGGAGAUUGAUGAUGGAACAGAGGAGAUGUCAUGGAAACUGGGAUCGUCACGCUCAAGCACCUCAGGUUCAGGAUCGCCUUCUCGAAAAUCUCGAUCUCGCUCCUCACCACGUCGGCAGCGCACCUCAAACACUCCAGAGUGUGGAGAUCUGCGGACAUUGAACCAGAGGAGCAGCAGCUGGCCUUUGCCUCUUUGA